GAACACUUGUGGCCGGCGGUCACUUGUGCUCCGGCGUCGGUGCCUGGCACUCGGGAGAUCAGAGCGGCCUAAUGGAGUGUAAACCAAAGAUCCAAUAGCGGAGCUCCGCUAUAAAAUCUUUGGUGUAAACCAUUGGAUUGGAUUAACGUUGGAUUGGUCAAGAAAUAUAUGCACCGGAGAUUAAACUAGGUCCAGGUGGGUUACAGGUCGAUUUGGUUCAAGAUCAAGGAUAACUUCCAGCUUUGUAUUUAAAGAAUAUCUGAAAAUGCAGCAGGAAUCGUGCAACAGCAACAGAAGAGGACAACCCAAUUAUGCUGCUGAUAUGAGAAGAUUAUGGACAGCCAACACGUGCCUUAAAAUACGCUUUCUUGGGAAAACUAUUCUGUGGAUGAAGAUACUUUGCUUCCCUCACAAUUUAAUGUUUAAUAGUUUGGUAAGAACUUAUCUUACAAACGCCUAUCCAGUUUUAAAUGGGAAACUUCAGCCAAUUCACCAACAUGUUUUUGAAUCUAAUUUACAAAACAGUAUAAUCCACAGUAAAAGGUAUUUGGAGCUGAUGAAACAGGUGCAGAAAGGUGGAGGUGAAAAAGCGAUUCUGAGGCACACCCAGAGGAACAAAAAACUGUUGGUCCGAGAUCGUUUACGGUUGCUUCUGGACAAAGGGGAGAUAUUGGAACUGUCUCCUUUUGCUGGUCUGGGAAUGCCAUAUGGAGAUAUUCCUGCUGCAGGCUGCUUAACUGGAAUAGGUAAAGUCAGUGGAGUUUGGUGUGUAUUCAUUGCUAAUGAUGCAACAGUCAAAGGAGGGACAGUUUAUCCAGUUGCAGUGAAGAAACAGCUGAGAGCCCAGGACAUUGCAAUUCAAAACAGACUGCCUUGUAUAUAUUUGGUGGACAGCGGAGGGGCAUUUUUGCCACUUCAGGCAGAUAUAUUUCCUGACAAGAAUCAUGGCGGUAGAACAUUCUAUAAUGAAGCGAUAAUGUCUGCUACAGGCAUUGCUCAGGUGGCAGUUGUUUGUGGUUCAUGCACAGCUGGUGGGGCGUAUAUCCCAACCAUGGCAAAUGAAACAGUAAUGGUGGAUAAGAUUGGGACAAUAUUCCUUGCUGGACCUCCACUGGUUAAAGCAGCAACAGGGGAAGUUUCUAGCCCUGAAGAUCUGGGAGGAGCAACUAUGCAUGCAAAGGUUAGCGGUUGCAUUGAUCAUUUUGCAGCCACAGAAGAAGAAGCAUACAAAUGUGCCAGGAACAUCAUAGCCACUUUAAAUCUUGAACUUCCACCAAAUAUGCCAACUGACUUCGAAGAGCCUCUCUAUGCAGCUGAAGAACUAAAUGGUCUUGCUCCAAGAGAUUACGCAUAUACUUUGGACAUCAAACUGGUUCUGAGUCGUUUGACAGAUGGUAGUAAAUUCUUGGAGUUCAAAGCAUUGUUUGGGACUACACUGUUAACUGGCUUUGCUCAGAUUAAAGGUCAUCUUGUUGGAAUUGUGGCUAACAACGGAGAACUCACUCAUAAUGCCUCUCUAAAAGGCAGCCAUUUUGUACAACUUUGUGACCAGAGAAAUAUUCCUAUCAUAUUUCUUCAGAAUACAAGACCAAAUAUUACCGUGACAAGAACGCUAUCCAAGGCUGGAGCUGUUACGAACCAACUGAAGGCCCAAGGCUCCAUGAUAGCGGCUGUAGCAUGUGCCACUGUUCCCAAGAUAACCAUUGUAAUCGGAGGCUGCUAUGGUGGUGAAAGCUUUGCUAUGUGUGGUAGAUCAUUUGAUCCAAACUUCCUUUUUUUAUGGCCUAAUGCCAGGAUUGGACUAGUUAGCCCAAAUCACUGCUCAGACUUCCUGGAAACUGAUGGAAACAUCCAAGAUGAGGCACAGCUGAAGACCAUGAAAGAAAUGCUCGAGGUUGAAACCUCUGCUUUUCAUUCCACCUCUCGGAUUUGGGAUGAUGGUGUAAUACUGCCUGCAGAUACUCGAACGGUAAUUGGUCAGUGUUUAAAUAUCUUCAAACAAAAACCUCAGUUUCAUUCUCACCCAGAAAGGCAGGUUACACUGAGGAUAUAAACACAGAAAUUGACCAAUGAAGAAAGAAAUGUAAUGAAUAAAAAAAAUGAAAAAAACCAAGGAAUUUUGCUUCUUUUGAUUAAGGAUGGCAGAGCAGACUCAAUUUUCAAAAAUGCUUAAUGUAAUUAUUAUGACUUAAGUGCCUGUUUAAAAAUAAGCAAAUCAUUGUGAUUCCUCAAGAUAGCUAUUUGUUGCAUGGAAUGUAGAAACAAUCAACUGCUGGUUCAAGUUGCUCAAGGUUUCAUGUUUGCAAAGUGGAGUCAUUUCAAUAAACAACAUGCAGUGAUUAUCUAUCACCUGAGAUAAAACACACUCGUAUUCAUUUGUAACAAAUACCUGAAAUGAACUGUUUCUGCAGCUUAGUCUGGCACUGCUAUCCUCAAACUGAUCAUCCUUAUUUGCUCAUUUAAACAAUGAAACCUGGACUGAGUUGGAGACCAAAGCAUAUGUAACUAUGAAGUAAACCAGCCCAAAGUUUGUGUGGACAGAUCUCAGAUUAUUUCAAUAAUGUUUGUUAUUUCAUUUAUUUCACAAUGAACUUGGAACACUGAAUACUCUCCAAUGAUGGCAAAUGCUAUCACAACCAUAGCAAAGUGUGUUGGAGUGAAUCUGAAGUAUUGAUAAAUAUUUCUUCUGUUUAGCUCAAAGCUGUGAAGAUUGUGAUCUAGCUGAGGAAAGAAUUCUCAAUAUCACAAUAAUGGUGGGUUAUUAAUUCACAAAAAGUUGAGGCAUUAAAGCAAAAUCUAAGCUGUUGAAGCAGUGACUCAGAGCAGCAUAUCACGUGGUGCUACACGUUAUGGACAGAUUCGUACUAUUAAUCGAGUGAUAAGUUUAUCCAUUUCAAGGUGAAUUAAGAGUCAAACACAAUAUGGGAAUGUGGUGCUCUAUUCCCCUCAUAGAAAGAUUUUAGUAAAGCACUUGUAAUUUUGAGAGUUGGAAACUUUUAGGUAAUUUUCACUGGUGGCAACCCAGAAAAUGACUACAUCCAGAUUCAUAGCUUUCCACUUUGGAAUUUGAAUUCAUAGCCUUCGUUGCACAACUUCACUGCACUAACUUGUUCUUUAUAACUGACUGAGUAAUUCAAUUAUCUGCCAAAGUUAAUUCUUCAGGCUCUUAUGCGGAAUGACAACUUGUAUGAGAUGGUUGAGGGUAGCCAGAGCUUCUGUCAAGACACCAUCAGAUCAGGGAAAAACUUCUAUAAAGACAUGUAUAAUCAAAACUUUGUAUAUUUUCACUUUGGUUAACGUGGAAUAUUUGAUAAUGAUGAACUUUUAUGUAUCAUCAUCAUAGGAAAAUAAAAAUCUUUAAUUACAAAUU